AUAAGUUGAAAAUGUGGUUAAGCGUUGGAGACAGAAACUACGGUUCUCGAUCGCGCUCACUUUGAAUAAAAUGGCGCUUAUUGGUUCAAAGUGUUCGGUCGUACUCCUCCUUCUCAGUGUAUGGGGUAUUUUGAUGCUUCUUCUUAUGGGUGUUCUUGCCCGCGUAAAUGCAGUCGCCUUCUCUGAGGACAUACCAUUAAAUGAAACCGCAUGGGCGGCUAGUGGUUAUGCCCCUCUGCAUGUUGAGGAAGCUUAUGUAUUGGUGUCAAACAAUUGCUUUAUAGCAGCCGGGAUCUAUGUCGUGUUACUGAUAUUUUCAGGUGUUCAGUAUUAUUUCAAUAAACGGGCCAACUAUUUAGCGCACUGAGAAGACAUUCAUUCCAUUUGACCUAUGCAUAAUACUUGUCACUUUUUUACUAACUUUUCUGGAUCUAAACCACUGAUUUAUUUGGCCUACCCAAAAGAAGAAUCUUUCAUGUGAUUUUAAAUCAAUAGACCAGCUGUUUCACAUAGACUGAAUGCUAUCGUCCUUGGUAACUUAUUAAAAGACUAUUUACAACUCUAUCUUAUGUCUUACUUUUAGUCUGUUCCACAAACUUGUGUAAUUAUGUCACGGUUACCAAUCUUGUAGAAGUUCCUGAUAAUAAAACUAAAGUGACUACACUUGCACACUUGACUUCUUAGUGCCUAAAGAUGUCAAUUUUUUAUCCUUCAAGAUACAGUGAAUUAUUGGUGAACAAGUCUUUGAAAGCAUGUAUGUUUAUAUAUGUAUAUAAGCUUACGCACAGAUUUACAAUACUAUUUUAAUAUUUA